AUGUCGAGCGUUGACAUUACAAUACUUGGCGCCGGCCAGGAUGUCGGGCGGUCGUGCAUUGUCGUGACGUUCCCGUCGCGACGUGUUCUGUUCGACUGCGGUGCGCACUGUGGUUUCGUCGAUCACAGGCGCUAUCCGGAUCUGCAGCUGCUCGGAGAUCCCAAUGAAUACAACGCUUUGUACAACGAGCAGAUGAACGCGGAAUUUGAUUCAAGUGCUUCAGAUGGCGAUAGCAAUUCCGACACUGCCACCGGUGACGGUGGUGCAACCACGUCAAACACAGCCGAUUCAAGAGGACAGUUGGGCGCAAAAACCAGCGCCAGUAACGUCAAGGACAAAACGGUGCGCAUAGCGACCUGCAUGAAGAACGCUCUUCAGAAAACGCUCAUCAACGUAACUGAGCACAUCGACAUAUGCAUCAUAUCGCACUUCCACCUCGACCAUGUAGGAGCACUACCGUUUCUGACGGAACACUUGGGCUACAACGGCCCGGUCUACAUGACGUACCCCACUCGGGGUCUUGCGCCGAUCCUGCUCCGCGACAGUGCUCAAGUCGUCGCUAGCAAGUUCCGCAACACAGUGGACACUGAAGGGGUAUCGCAUGGGCUAAACGUGUUGCUGAAUCGCACUAAAAAGAGGAAGUCACUCACCGUUGGCCAACUGGGAAAGGUGGAUCCAUGGGGUUACACAGUCGAUUGCGUCGCCCAGAGCCUCGGUCGAGCACAGGUCAUGCAGUUGCGCGCCACGCAAGAAAUAGGCAACGUGAGCAUUACGCCGUACUAUGCUGGACACGUAUUAGGAGCAGCUAUGUUUCACGUCGAAUGCGACGGGAUAUCAGUAGUCUACACGGGCGAUUUCAACACCUCCCCCGACAAGCAUCUGGGACCAGCCUAUAUCCCGCAGCUGAAACCCGACGUGCUUAUAUGCGAGUCCACGUACGCGUCGGUCGUACGUCAACCUCGUCGUGCCACGGAGAUGGAGCUUUGUACCGUUGUGCAUGACUGCCUAAUCGGAGGGGGUAAGGUGCUCAUCCCUGUCUUCGCUGUGGGCCGCGCGCAGGAACUGGCCAUUAUUCUCGACAACUACUGGACCAAACUGCAGCUCACCUUCCCGAUAUAUUUCGGCGGGGGACUUUCGGAGCGUGCAACAAGCUACUAUAAGCUGCACUCUGCGUGGACUGAUUCGCAAAACAUCCCGAACCUUUCUGAGAACCCAUUUGCAAUGAAGCACAUGCUGCCGUUUGACAACAGCUUCCUUAAUGACGAUCGCCCCAUGGUCUUGUUUGCCACCCCAGGAAUGGUCCACUCCGGCCUAUCGUUGAAGGUCUGCAAGCUAUGGGGGCCAAACCCCAAGAACCUGAUUGUUAUUCCCGGCUAUGCGGCACAGGGCACAGUUGGAAACAAACUAAUUUCAGGAGAGAAGCUGAUCCAUAGCACCAUCGGCACCAUUGAAAUUAAAUGCAAAGUGCGAUACCUGUCGUUCUCAGCUCAUGCGGACAGCGUGGGAAUAAUGCGCCUCAUCAAACAGGUCCAACCCAAGCACCUCGUCUUGGUGCAUGGCGAGUACGAUGGUAUGAAGAAGUUCGCCAAACACAUCGCACUAGAUUUCGGGAUUCCUGUGUUCCAUCCUGCGAAUGGUCAAACCAUAACCAUCAAGCAGGCGAAAGGAGGCGCCAAAAUGCCAAUCUUUUAUUAUCCUCAACUCCUUCUGGAGGCAUCGGGAAUAGUAUUGACCGCGAAGGACGAAAUCGGCCACUCAAAACAUCCUGCUAAUGCAAUCGGCUCGAAACCAACAAGUGAGCUGAAUGAUUCACGUGGUGCGAAGGAUUAUGACUAUUUCGCUGCUAGUGAUUCGGAUUCUUCUAUUGAUUUCUGCAUUAAAAAGCUCGAGGAACCAGCCGAUCACGUUUCAGCGAUUAUGUUCCGCUUAGAAGAUGGAAUAAAAUCGCUCUCUUUACACAGCAAUAAUGCAGACGCCGCCGGAGAAGACAAACCCACGGACGCAGUGAAGGAAGAGGCGUCUGGCGAGACGCCUGGUUCACCCAAAACUUCGCCGAAGCUCGAACAACUCAAGGAAACCAAAGGCCGAGAACAAUUGUUGAUGGUGUCGCGUAACCAUAUGGCUAAGAUGUUUAGGGAUGGGGUGACACAUCUGUCUAUGAUGCCGGAGUUGCGGUGUCACCGGGUCAAGUAUCGCCAAAGUUUUAAGUGCCGCGAGCGAGACUUUGUGGAAGCGACUGAAUACGUUGCUAGAGUCCUGAACGGGGACAAAGGCUACUUCGUCGAGGAACUUCCGAUAUACGCUAAAACCAUGGAAUCUGGAGUGUUGAGGGUGGGAGGUCUGGAGGCGAGGCACAAUCCCGAGGAUGAUAUGGCUACCAUGGAGUGGUACUAUCACGAAAUGCAGCCGAAUUCUAUAGUUUACACGAUGGUACACUUUUUAGAAAAAGUUGCCAAGGAACAGAUGGAAUAA